GGUCUGCGGGUGCGCGCCACCACUUUUACGCACUGAAGUUGCGGCGGCGGAGAGGUCAACACUUCCCAGUGUGGAUUACCGACGGCACCCAGGUGACUGCACCGAUGAGAUGAUACUAAAACACAACAGGAGUCCUCUUCUGCUCACCGUCACCUGCAUGUACUUCUCAGGGGGUCUGCUGUGGUCCUACCAAGAGGAGGAUGCCAGCGACGGUGAAGGGUGCUCUGAAAAUAACGUUUCUACUACAAAGUACCCCUGCGUGAAGUCGACUGGAGAAGUUACGACGUGUUACAGAAAGAAAUGUUGCAAGGGCUUCAAGUUCGUGUUGGGCCAGUGCAUUCCUGAAGAUUACGACGUGUGUGCCGGCGCCCCGUGUGAGCAACAGUGUACUGACCAUUUCGGUCGAGUCGUGUGCACCUGUUACCCCGGCUACCGCUAUGACAGGGAGCGCCACAGGAAGCGAGAGAAGCCAUACUGUCUGGACAUUGACGAGUGUGCAGACAAAAACACGACUGCGUGCUCUCAGAUCUGCAGCAACUCCGUGGGGAGCUACAGGUGUGAGUGUGAGAAAGGCUAUUUCCUGGAAGAAGAUGGGAAAACAUGCACCAAGGGGGAGAGAGUGCAUCUCUUUGAGAAAUCUGACCACGUGAUGAAUGCUGGAACCUGCUCAGCCACCUGUGACGAUUUCCACCAGAUCAAGAUGUCCGUCCUGCAGCUAAAGCAGAAGGUGGCCAUGAUGUCAAACAGUGCUGAUGUCCCUGAGCAGAUGACCAGCGAGAAAAUCCUGACGUCCCCUGCAUUCUUACCAGGGCCUGCUGGUCUCCCCGGCCCUCCAGGAGAUCCAGGACCAGAGGGCCCUCCAGGACUUAAAGGGCUGUUGGGGCCCCCUGGCCCUCCUGGCCCGAGGGGCUUGAUGGGCCCCAUUGGACCCACACCAGACCUGUACCACAUCAAACGUGGCCCUCGUGGACCCGUGGGGCCUCCAGGAGCACCAGGAAAAGACGGCCGAAAGGGGGAUAGAGGAGCUCCUGGGCCCGUCGGACCACCAGGCCCUCCAGGCUCCUUCAAUUUCCUCCUCGUUCUGAUGGCUGACAUCCGCUACGACAUCUCUGAACUGCAGAGCAAGGUGUUCGGUCGACCGAGGCCCUCCCCGGGGGACGACUUCGCCUCAGCCCCCGACAGCUGGAGGGACAACCAGGGCAGUCUAGAUACUGGGUCGGGUGAGGACUAGGGGGAACUUUCACCGUGGACAGUUCAUGGGGACAGAGAAGAGGAAACCAGCGCGAGACAGAGAAGAUAAGAUUUUUUGAUUUGUUCCACAACGGGGGAAAUUUGGGGUGAAAACUGUGACUGAAAUAUUUAAAGAGGAUGGAUUUAAACACUUUAUACCAGAUGUCAAUAUUGAAAGUGGUUUGCUAUUUUUUUUAUUUAACUGUACUGUAUGUCUUUGGAUCACAGAUGUUUAUUUUUGUAUGAUAUACAAGAUUAUAAUGUACUUUUUUUAACAAAAUGAGCAGACUGUGCAAAUGCAUGUUUGUUUUAUAUUUCAUAUUUUCAGAAGCAUAUGGUUCCUCCACAGCACAUUAAACAGGUCUCUCAUGAAAGCA